CGCAGACGUCACCGCGGUGUGACGCACGCCCUGGCGAGACCCGAACCCUGAAUCCUGUACCAAAAGUGACUAUUUGUUACAUAAGGAAACAUUAAUGAGAAAAGGGGAUAUAAAAAUAAAUUUGCAGCUGAUUUCACAAAAUGAACUUGGCUUAUUAUGGAAAUUAACUGAAACAAGGCCAGAACACUUCAGUGAGUUAGAUUGUUUUGAUGUGGAAUUGGAUCUCUCAGCUUGAUGCAAAUAAAACAAAUAAAGCUUCCUGCACUACUACUGUUCCUACAUUUUGACCAUGGCAGCUUUAGGCAUUUACAUCAGAUGAAGUAAUUAGAGCUGAAAUAUCCACCAGUUUGUUCUCCAGACUUGCCAAUGGUAACAGGGAUGUCAAGUGUGGCUUUCCUUGUUUUUAGUGAAGGACCAUUGGGAAGAGCCAUGGAUGUUCACUUGUAAAUGUACUUAAUGGACAGAUCAGCAAUAUGGAUGAUUCAAAUACAAAUACUGAAAUUACUGGUGCUAAAGAAGAAUUCCUAGAUGAUGACAACUUUAUCUCUGAGGAAAAGGGUGGUAUUCCUAAAUCACAAGAGAGCGAAACGUCAUUUCAGAAUAAUGAUACAUUGACUCUGCCUGAAGAGCUAUCAAGGGACAAAUCUGAAAAAGCCUUAAGCGGAGGCCAGACUUCUCUAUUUAUACAUACUGGUGCUCCUACUGUUUCUAGUGAAAACUUUAUGUUGCCGAAAGGAACUGCAGUUAAUGGACCAGUUUCACACUCCACCUUAACUAAGACUUCUAUUAUGAAUAAAGGCAGUGCUUCAUUAACCACUGGGCAACCUAUGGGUCAUCAUACAGAUUCGUGCUCAACUUUGACAGUGGUUCACGACCUUCAGCUGCCUGCAAAGAGUACAACACAGAAGUCAAGUCAGCACCAAGUUUUAUUUUUGUUACCUGAUGUAGCACAUGCGAAGAACCUGACUCAUUCCAUUAAAAAUCUACCUACCUCUGCUUCAGUUGGUUGUGAUACGCAGAAAUCUGUAGGAAAUAGUGUAGAUAGCACUUUAAUAGGUGAAGUAGAAGUGUGUGAAGAUGGCAAAAGUUUACUAGUAAAAGAUGAUUGUGUCAAUACGUUAACAGGUGUUUCCUCAGGUACAGGUAGUUUCAGAUCGGGAAGUGAUCCCAACUGGGAUCCUCAGAAAGAGUUCAUACAAUUUCUUAUGACAAAUGAAGAAACAAUAGAGAAGUCUCCUAUUCACUGUAAAGUAGGUCUAGAGAAAAAAAGAAAAAGAAAGAUGGAUGUUAGCAAAAUAACACGGUAUACUGAGGACUGUUUUAGUGAUUCAAAUUAUGUUCCCAGUAAAUCAAAAUUACUAAAUGUUGAUUUUUUAGAGCAGAAUGAAGAACUACAAGUAAUAGAACCACAGAAAUAUGCAUUGACAAAAGUGAAGCCUGAAUCAACAGAUGAGGAGUUGGAAGCUGUGGAUGCUAUCCAACAAUUGAUUUACAGUCCCACUAAUAAAUGUGCAGAAGAUACUUCUCCUGUUCACAGUAGCACUUUUCUUUCUAAUAAUUUAAAAAACAAAUGUGAACAGAGUGAUUCAGAAUCACCAUCCACUUUCAGUACUGAUGAACCAUCGUUUUAUCCCUGUACAAAGUGCAAUGUGAAUUUUAGGGAGAAGAAACACCUGCAUAGGCAUAUGAUGUAUCAUUUAGAUGGAAAUAGUCAUUUCCGUCAUCUCAAUGUCCCGAGGCCCUAUGCAUGCAGGGAAUGUGGACGGACCUUUCGAGAUCGGAAUUCACUUCUUAAACAUAUGAUAAUUCACCAAGAAAGAAGGCAAAAAUUGAUGGAAGAAAUCCGUGAGUUGAAAGAACUCCAGGAUGAGGGUAGAAGUGCACGUUUACAGUGUCCUCAGUGUGUAUUUGGUACUAAUUGUCCCAAAACAUUUGUGCAGCAUGCUAAAACCCAUGAAAAAGAUAAACGAUACUACUGUUGUGAGGAGUGCAACUUCAUGGCUGUGACAGAAAAUGAAUUGGAAUGCCAUAGAGGUAUUGCUCAUGGAGCAGUAGUGAAGUGUUCAAUCAUCAGUAGUGAUAUAUCGCAGAGGAAAACACAGAAAAAGACUUCAAUGAAAGACCCAUAUCUAGGGUCAUCAAAAAAGUCAUCUACAUAUAUGUGCAAGAUGUGCCCAUUUGUUACGUCUGCCAGAAGCAUUUUAAAAAAACAUAUGGAAUACUUGCAUCCAGCUUCAUGCAUUGAUCCUUUUGGGAGCCAUCUUAAAUUAGAAAAAAGGAAAAGUAGUGUAAUUGAAGAACCUUUAGAUUUUGGUAGCAGAACUAAGCAGUUGAUCAAACAGUCGUCUACAUUUCCAAAGAACUCUGUUUUAAAACAAGAUGUAAAGAGAUCAUUUGGCUCAACUUCACAAUCCAGUAACUUCGCAAAACUUCACAAGAGGCCCCACAGGAUACAGAAGGCUCGGAAAAGCGUUUCACAAUCAGCUAAACUUAACUCUGCUGAAAAAAAAGACAGCUAUGAAACGGAGGAUGAAAGUUCAUGGGAUAAUGUUGAAUUAUGUGAUUACACUACACAGUCUGUGGAGGAUGAGUCUUACACUGAUAUUAAUCAGGAGCAUGUAAACCUAUUCCCCAUAUUCAAAGGUAAAAUGGAGGAUCGUGAAGCUGGUGAUAAAUCUUCUCUUAGUUAUGAGCAGAAUGAUGGCUUUUAUUUUGAGUAUUAUGAAGAUGCUGAGGGUAGUAACUUCCUACAUGAUUUACACGAUCCUCAGAACUUAGAAAAUGUAGGAACGACAUUGCCAAAGCAUAAUUCAGUUUUUCAUUGGACUGAUUUGUCACUUGAGAAGAAGUCUUGCCCGUACUGUCCAGCAACAUUUGAAACAGGUGUUGGAUUAUCUAAUCAUGUCCGUGGACAUCUUCACAGAGCUGGAUUAAGCUAUGAAGCCCGUCAUGUUGUUUCACCAGAGCAGAUAGCAACAAGUGACAAAAUGCAACAUUUCAAAAGAACUGGAACAGGAACUCCUGUUAAACGAGUUAGAAAAGCUAUUGAGAAAUCUGAAACUUCUUCUGAACACACGUGCCAGCUCUGUGGAGGUUGGUUUGAUACUAAAAUUGGAUUGUCUAAUCACGUGCGAGGACAUCUGAAAAGGCUUGGCAAAACCAAGUGGGAUGCGCACAAGUCUCCUAUCUGUGUUCUAAAUGAGAUGAUGCAAAAUGAAGAGAAAUAUGAAAAAAUCCUAAAGGCAUUGAACAGUCGCCGUAUUAUUCCCAGACCAUUUGUCGCUCAGAAACUUGCAUCAAAUGAUGACUUUUUAUCUCAAAAUGUUAUACCUCUUGAAGCAUACCGUAAUGGCCUAAAGACUGAAGAUAUAUCAGUGUCUGCAUCAGAGGAAGAAGGGCUGAAUUUCCUAAAUGAAUGUGAUGAAACAAAAACAGUACUGCAUGAUGAAAAAAAAAAUCAGUCACUUACACUGAUAGAACUUCUGAAAAAUAAAAGGUUAGGAGAAGAAAGGAAUCCUGAGAUUUCUCCGCAAAAGAUUCAUAAUCAAACUGCAAGAAAGAGGUUUGUUCAGAAAUGUGUUCUUCCAUUAAAUGAAGACGGUCCAUUGAUGUAUCAACCACAAAAAAUGGACUUGACUAUGCAGUCAGGUAUGCCUGUGAAGCUUAGAACGUGUGUGCAUUGCAAUACGACGUUUACAAGUGCUGUUAGCCUGUCCAACCACUUACGCGCUUAUGCACGAAAGAAGAGUGCUGGACUUUUGACUGGGACAGCUUUAGACUGUAAGCAAAAGAAGUCAAGAUCAAGAUCUGGAAGCAAGAAAAAAAUGCUGCCAUUACCUCAUAGUGCUGAUGAAGUUUACAUACUCCGAUGCAGGUUUUGUGGUCUGGUCUUCCGUGGACCUUUGUCUGUUCAGGAAGACUGGAUAAAGCACUUGCAGCGACACAUUGUCAACGCAAAUCUUCCACGAACUGGAGCUGGCAUGGUUGAAGUCACAUCACUACUUAAAAAGCCUGCCUCAAUUACUGAAACUUCAUUUUCUUUACUGAUGGCAGAAGCAGCAUCAUAGAACAAACAUUUUAAAUUUGAAUUGGGUGUAAAUUUGAAAUACUUUGUCUUUUUUUUUUUAAAGUUGCUACACUAAAUUAUGUUUAUAAAUCCUGAAGCCAGAAAGAUGGGGAAGGUGAAUUACAGUAACAUCAAAAUAAAAUGAGUACUUAACAGUUACAGUAAGUAGUCUUUAUAUUUUAUAUAGGGUGAAAGAUGUGUUUUUAAGGUUUACUAUGUUUUUGUCAGUUACUGUGUUCACUUAUCAAUACGAAACCAUUACAUGUAAAGCAGCCAUUUUUAAAUUGUUGCACAUGGGUACUUAAAGACAGAUUUUAUUAAAAAAAUGAAAAUAAAACAAAACCAUGUUCUCAGCAGUGUUACCAGAAUCAAGGCUCUGUUUAUUCCAAAAAGACUUGCAUAGUAAAAUAAGAUAUUAUUAUAUUUUGUUUGUAUGUAUGUAGUGUUUUGUAUAAUACCAAGAACUGCUAAUACAAUUUACUCAAUUUAGGGCAUUAAAUAUCAUGUACUUCAUAGUUCAAAAGACUGUUUCAUUCAAAUAGGGCAAUUAGUACUAUUCUAUCUAGGUGUGUAAGUGUUUUUUUUUUUUUAAAUCACAUGAAGCUUUUUGUACUAAAAAGUGGAGGGAAACUUGUUUAAACAAAUAUUUCUAAGAGAAAUAUGUACAUAGUACUGGAAAUUAUUUGUGGUAAGGAAAUAUUCUUUACUUCAGUUGCAUUUCUCACUGACAAUAAAGUGGUGCAUCUAUGCUACCUCCUACUUGUCAACAAAGAUGGUAUUUACCCUUACAUCUGUAUCAUAGAUUCAAAUCUAACUUCCUUUAUUGCGAAGCAUCUUUUUGUUAACACGUUUGUUUCUUUAUGAAAGUCUGACUUGCUUACAGAACAGUUUGCCUCUACUACUUUAUUUAACACUGUAGAAAUGUACUAAUAAGCAUUGCUCACUACACGGUUUAGACUAGACCUUUUCAUUUAUAAUUCUGUUUAACAAAAUAUCGUUUUAGCAAAUUUGACCACCAAUUGAAAUGUUUCUACAUAUGAAGAGAAUGUUUACAAUUUAAAUUUUAGAACUUGUUUUGGAUGUGAUUAAUAUGUAUGAAACUGUGUAACACUAUGCUCAUGCUAAGGACCUACUUACGGAGUUACUGAAAUAAAUGUGCUGUGAGGAUGGAAAAUAUGGUGCAGGUGUCUUGGUCAUGAUAAAUUUGUGUUUGUUCAUUUAGGCUGUCUUCAAACAUGAUUUAAUUUUUAAUCAGUAAAUCAAAUUCCUCUCUGAAUCAGUUUUGUAUGCAAGUAACAUUUCAUUUUAUUCAUGUAGGGUAAUUAAUACUGUAGUUAAGCCAAGGAUAUGCAUUGAUAUUUUCUGUAUAUGUAAAUAAAGUUAAAAGCAGUUAAAACAAGAGGAGUAUUUUGGUAGAGUAUAUACAUACCUCACUGCCAGUGAAAUUGCUUUCCUACGGUAUAUCUCCUUACCAGAAAAAUCUCUAAAUAAAAAGGUUUAAAGAAAA